AAACUGACAGCUGACAGCAAACCACGCAAGUGUAAACUCAAGUGAAGACUCGAGUGAAAACUCUAAAAGAAAAACACAAAUUUACCAUGACAGAGUCAACAAAUCGAGAAGAUGUACUUAAGAAAAUAGAAUACGCAUUUCCAAUACUUAACGGAAAGAUUGAAGACGACACGUGUACAGAAAACGAAUUCGCAGAAAUAGUGGAAAGCGUACGAAGUUUGAAUUCGACACAGUUUGUCGAGGACAUCGUUGUUCAUCACGUUGAGCGAUACAUUCGUUCGCACGUAGCUCCCGCGUUCUGGGAAAAAUUCGAGAAUACGGAAGAUAAUCAGCGAGGAUUCGAGUUGUUCAAGUCCGCUGUGGACGGUCUUUACGCAAGUCUCACAAAAAUUUUACCCAUCUUCAAGAAAAUAGAUUACUUAAGGCGAAACAAGGACGCCGCGCUUGACGCAUCUAACGGCAGAAAUGAAACAGAGGCCCAGUUCAGACUUAUUGUGAGAGUGACGCUGUUGAGUCAAUUGCCUCUUGGCCACGAACACAUCGUAGAACAGUUCUACAAAAUUGCGUUCAACGUAUUUUGCAACUCGGACAAUUCGGCGCAAGCAGAAAUGUCGACCAAUGAGAUCGAAUGCACAGGAUGCAACCAGGAGAUGGAAAACUGCCAGUGUCAAAUGAUAGUCUACAUGUUUCACGAGACAAACAGAAAGUUGAUCGAACUGGAAUUGUUGGAAAGACUUGUGGGAAACGUGCUAACAUCCCUGAUUCACAUUCGUAUACAAAAUCACGUGACUCAAAUGUGCGACAAGACAUUUGAUGUGUCACAACUGGUUCCCUUAGAAAACUGGCUCGAGACUGUGGUUAUGAAUUGGCUGAUAAGAAUUUAUUCGGGUGGCUUUUCGAAAACCGUGGGACUCAGUGACGAGGUCUGCAACGCCAUAAACAAGUUCAAACAAAAAUUAUCACAUUUUCUGUACGAAACUUACACCAAGAUAAGGAUCGAUCAUCUGUUUAAUAUAAUAAUAGAAUAUCCCGAGUCGCAGCCUGCGGUGGACGAUCUCCGAGUGUGUCUCGAAAGAACCGAUCAGCGUCGAGUUCUCGUUCAGAAUCUGCAGGAAGCGAUCAAAACGAGACUCUUGCAUCCCGGUGUAAACACUACGGAUAUAGUAACUGCCUACAUAGCCGCGAUCAAAGCGCUCAAGCAUCUCGAUCCAACCGGAGUUCUUCUAGAAGCUGUAACAGAGCCAAUCAAAAGCUACUUGAGAAGCAGAGAAGACACCGUGCGUUCGGUCGUUAACAGCCUGCUUGACGAUUCGUCGCCCAGCGAAUUGGCCGACGAGUUGGUAAAAGGCGAUCGUCUGCAGUUGGACGACGGUUCGGCCGAAGACGAAAGCGAAGAUUGGGAAAAGUGGAUGCCGGAUCCAGUUGAUGCCGAUCCUGCGAAAUCGACGCAACGCAAAGUAUCCGAUAUAAUCUCCAUCCUGGUGAACGUAUACGGUAGUCAGGAUUUGUUCGUCAACGAGUAUCGCACAUUGCUGGCCGACAGGCUGCUCACGCAACUCAACUAUCACACCGAACGUGAGAUACGUCACUUGGAGUUACUAAAGAGACGUUUUGACGAGAACCAGCUGCAUUACUGCGAGGUCAUGCUGAAAGACGUUUACGACUCCAAGAGAAUAGACGGCAACAUCCACUCAGACACCAGUUACAACCUGCAGAGAGAACUGUUUCCCACUUCCGCGCUCAUAUUGUCCGCCCAGUUCUGGCCGCCCUUCAAGGAGGACUGGAAAUUGAAAUUGCCGAGCAUCGUGCAGAAUCAACUGAACAAAUAUGUAAAGGCGUUCGAGACCUUGAAGGGAAAUAGAACGCUUUGCUGGAAACCUCAUCUGGGAAACGUUAGUCUGGAGAUCGAGUUAAAAGACCGAAAACUGGACAUAAAUGUCACACCGGUGCACGCGACGAUCAUCUUGCACUUUCAGGAUAAAAACGAAUGGGUUCUGCAAGAUCUGGCGGAGGCGAUGCACGCGCCGGCGACCGUUCUUCGGCGCAAAAUCACGUUCUGGGUGUCGCAGGGUCUCUUGAAAGAAACGUCCAAUGACGUGUACGUUCUGCAGGAAGAGAGCACGUCCAAGAGUCGCUUGCCGACCGACAUCGUUGAGGAAGAAGAGACCGAGAGCGCCAUGGCCUCGGCCAGCGAUCAACGGGAGGAGGAGCUACAAGUGUUCUGGUCGUAUAUCGUUGGCAUGCUGACGAAUCUGGAAUCGCUACCCAUAGAAAGAAUUCAUCAGAUGCUGAAAAUGUUCGCGUCUCAAGGACCAGGAGCCGUCGAAUGCGGUUUACCGGAACUAAGACAGUUCUUAGACAGAAAAGUCAGAGAACAUCAACUACUGCUCUCCGGCAGUUUCUAUCGAUUACCAAAGUCUUAAGUUGAGAUUCGUCACUUUCAAGUCCCAUAUACAUUGAGUUUUUAGUCAUAGAUAUGUCGCUUGUAUAUAAAUCCGUAACUGAUGUAAAUAAUAAU